AUGGGUGAGCCCGCCGUUCCGGUGGUUGUCGCCGCUGCCAAUGCAUGGACCAAGAUCGCAGACCGCGAGAGCACGAGGACGUCAUCACAUGCCAGUGAUGACGUAGGGGUCACGGGUACCUCCGUAGUGGCCACGGUUACCUCACCAAGCCGUGUCGAUAUGACGGAGGAACCCUACGACAGCAGUACGUACAGCGGCUGGUCCGAAGUCUACCGGAUGCUACGGCGCCGCAGGGAUGAAGAGGAAGCGUCGAGACGCCGUCUGCGCUACGCCCUCUGCUGGUGCUGCAUCCUGCUUUUGGCUCUGGCUUCCGCCUUGCUUUACUACCUGAUGUCCCAGAUGAUGGAAGAGGCCACCACGGUUGCGUUCAAAGGGAUAUCAGUAAGACCAAUUACGAGGCCCACCAUCGCUGUUCCGGCCACCGGCAAAAGUACAACCAGCUCAACGACUAAAACAACCAUGACAACCACCACCACGACUACAACAACAACAACCACUACAACAACCACUACAACAACUACUACAACAACCACCACGACUACAACAACAACUACAACAACCACCACGACUACAACUACAACAACCACUACUACUACUACCACCACGACAACCACCACUACUACUACUACCACCACGACAACCACUACGACGACGACUACCACUCCAGAGCCAGUGCCCGGGAUGUGCGAUCAUCCGCCAGUGGCCCUCUGCCGAGCGACGGAUGGAAGCGCUCACCUGAAGGUGGUGGUGUACGACCCAACCGACAACACCUGCCGCUCCUAUAAGCCCGGUCGCAGCUGCCUCGCCGGUGACAACCGAUUUCGUGACAUGACAUCCUGCGAGGCCGCCUGCAGUGGUCCACAACGCAUGCCCGCUUGCUCGGCACGCGUGCACAUGCAUAACUGCGUUCCGGGCGUCGACACCAACUCCUCGCAGUACUACCGCUUCUCAGAAUGGUGCCUACCCGUGGACAAGGGUUCGUGCCUCAUUGGGAAGGGCUUCACCUCCAAGAAAGAGUGCAAAGAGGCGUGCAAAGGGGAGAAAACCGACCCGCCCGAGUGUCAAAACAACAAUGUGGACAUGUGCAACUUGCCGGCACAGCUUUACCAGGUGGCGUUCUUCCGGGGACACUGCGAGCAGCGAGCGGACAUCUGCCCGAAAUCUGCAGGGUUCACCAGCAUCACGCACUGCGCCAAGAUGUGCCAAAGUGCAACCGUCACGGUCCCAGAGCCCACCCCCUUGCGGCAUUGAUAUGCUGCCUCUGUUCCACGAACUCAUGCCCUUGCGUUGGUGCGACGCCGAGCGAAGACUGCCA